CACUGCACUUUGACACAGAUUUGUAUAUGUAACAUAGAGCACGCAUGCCUGUACGUUAUAAGGAUGUGAUGUCACCAUUAUUGUGUGUAUAAAUACCCAUGUCUUUGUAGUAAAGUAUAGGGAGCAUGUGUUCUUCCUUGAUGUUUGUUUUUCUUGAUGAAAAUUUGAAAUAGCCAUCAUUUUGUCUUUGACAAUAAAAGUGUGUGUGUAAACCAAGAAAUAGUUGAGUUGUGUGCACUGUAAUCACAAGCGUAGUCAGUCAGACAGCAGUGACAAACAUGAUCUUUGAGAGAGUCUUCCUUGUAGCAUUUCUCUCAAUUCAUCUGAGCUCACAGCAAGAAUGUCAGAGUGGAGUGUAUUCAGGAAUUCGAGAAGCUAGAGAUACAGUAGCUCCAGUGGCAUACAAUGGUAUUGAGCCAGACACAACAGGCUGUGUGGUGAGAGCUGAAGGAACGUUCUUUGAGUGUGAGGCAGGAGAGGAGUGUUGAGUGAUG